AUGCGAGCUCGAUGCCUUUUUGUCGGCACAGUUCUUCUUGGAUCUGCAGGCUUUUGGUGGAUUUCAGAGUCCCCCAGCUUUGAGUCACUCCGUGCAGGCGUUGCAGGCUCUUUGGCUGAAGCUCCACGAGCAGACUUUGCCGAAGCAGCGCGGGAGAACCGAUCAACUGAGCCUCACCUCGCUAUCGACGGCGACAUCCGAAGCAACGACAGCACGAUCUCGCGUGCUGAGCCUGAGUUGCUAGAGAUUGCUGUUGAACCGUCCACAUCUGUGUCUCAGUCAGCAGCCGACGUGGAGCCGACGACCUCCACGACACCGUGCAUGGAACCUUCGCUUCCUCCAGCGCUGUCAGAUGCCGACGCGGCAAGCCUGAGAGCAGCCGUCAAGAAGAUGACGAAGAAGUGGGGAUAUGAGGAGGCCGAGAAGAACUUCAAGCCGUUCAAAGGUUUGCGCUUUCUGGAUAUUGGUAUGGGCCAAGGACCCAUGGGCGUUGUAGCCAUGGAGGCAGGUGUGCAGUCCUAUUGGGGUUUGGAUCCUGCCCUGUGCAUCAACAAGCCUGCGCGGACGCGCAACAGAAGGAUCGGCAGAACGCCGAGCGAAGGUGAAUGCAAACAACUCCUGGGACCGACGUGCAAAACCACUUGCGCACAGUACCAGCGUUGUAUGACAGCGGCAGCUGAGAAGUACGGCACAUUUCCUGUCACUGGCGUUCAAAUCAUGCAAGCCUUCCCAGGAAAAGUGAUUCUGCUUCCCGGCACUUUCGAAACAAUUCAGCCGACUGGCCUCAUUAAGCGUGGCGACUUCGAUGCGGCCGGCAUGUUUAUGGUCAGCGAGCACUUGCCGGAUAACCGGCUUGUGGUGGAAGGUGUCUUUCAGUGGACGAAGCCUGGUCAGCUGUUCUACAUCAAGCAUCAUAACUACUAUGGUUUCGAUGGCCAUCAUCAAGAGCUGAAGGACCCUUCAGCCUUUGAUCCCAAGAAUGCUGCGCAUCGAGGCGUCGCAUUUUGGAAUCACUUGGAGCCCUCCAGUUGGAUCUUCAACAGCUCCGAUAUGAAUCGGAUCAGACUGGGGGAUCUCAUGGCCUUAGUUCACGUUUACUUCGAAUGCGCCUGGCGUGCAAACAUUGACUUAAAAUGGGCCAAGGCACUUGACGACAGACCGGAGUUGCUUCAAUCGCUCGAGCGACGUGGAUUCGCUCAUGCAGAGCUGCUGGUUAACAAGUGGGCCGGCUCCUGCCAAAGACGCGAGGAAGCUCUGGAUGCCCCCUGGCUGGCAUCACGGAUGUGGUUUCAUCCCCCAUCGAACGGCUCCUAUUCACCGAGGCCUUUUCCCAAAGAGUUCAGUCUCAAGAACCUCGAAUGUGGGCACAGCUUGAAGAAGCACAAGCAGUACCCCCUGGAUGGUAUUCUUUAUUCUCCACCUGGGCGUGGCCAUCGCUUGGCGAAGUACCUCUCUGCAGGUCCUUCGUGCCCAUAG